CUUGUGAGCUUUGCGAGAAAAUGCAUGGAAAUCAAGGGAAAGGAAUCCGCUAGGAUGUGUUACGUAAUUUCAGUCGGGCAUCGUCGUUGUAGGGGAGAGCACGUUCCGUCAGCUUUCCCUCGUACACAAUAAACAACAACAACGUGUUUAUAGUCGUAAACAACACAAGUUUUGGACUUUCACAAACUUCUGUGUUAAGAUAGAAGAUAAAAAUGAGUGCGCGGCCAACGACAGCCGGCACUCGGACGAAAAAACAGAAUCAUGCUAAUAUACCAUGUCCCAUCGAGGACUGCGCUCGCUUUACGUAUGGAAAACUGCCUGAUCACUUGACUAAGGUUCACGGCCUAACUGGAGCAGAGAGAGACGCACUCAACGAGCAACAAAGAAAAAGAUUUUUCAACGGAGAACUGUGUCAAGUUCGGUUCUUGAAAGAAUCGGCUAUUCGAGAUCUUUGGGGUGCAGAUUACGAAGAUCCUCGGAUUCGUGCAAAGAUUCAUCAAAGCUACUCUCUUGUUAAAAUAAGGAUAAUUCCACUGGCCGCGACUCAACGCUCUCGGCCUCUUACAGAACAAGAUGCAAAUGUACUAACAGCAUAUAAUGCCCGAACUGCACCACGUCCAGCUCGAGUUCAAAGGACAAGAGCUCGUCCGCGACCUUAUUCAAUUCCAGUAGCAAGCCCAGAAGAAAGUCGGGUAUCUAGUGAGUCCAGUGAAGAAGAAAAUGCACGUGGAUCUUUACCCUUGUCGCCCCCACCAUCAUCGCCCUCUUUACCGCCAUCUCCCGCGCCUUACGAAUUACAGCCAGUGGAAACACGACUGCGAGACAUAUUUGAUUCGAAAAUCGAUGCGGGAUAUAAAGCAGUAAUCGAUGAUAUGAAAAAAUCGAUGGCAAUGGGUCAUUCGCUUGGAGCCCGAAAGCGAAAAGCGUACAGAACAUACCGUCGAUAUGCAAAACGAUUAAUCGCGUACUUACAUAGACAGCAUUCACCGCUAGCUUAUGACGUCGACGUAUUACUGUGUGGGGAAAGCCAAGUAUGUGCGUUUUUGGAAAGAAUAAGCAGCGAACACAAAACGAAAACAUUACGUAAUUACAUCGUGGCUGCAAUUAAAUUGCUCGAUUCAAGACUUUUCGCGAUAGAAACAGAUCCUUCAAGUAAAGAAAAAGUUGCAUCAAUGACGCGCGUGUAUGACGUCUUGCACGGGAGACUGAAUGCUUGCGAUAGAUUGUUAGCACAAAAAGAGACUUGUCAAAAAGAGACCGCCCAUUUUGACAGCGACGCUAUGGAUCAGAGCUUCAACGAAAAUUACGACGACUUGGUUUAAGGGAUAAAACGGAUUAAGUUAUUUAUUUUCAGUCAUGUUUAAACAUAAAUUGUAUUUUAAAUACUUUGUAAAUAAUGCUCAAAUUAGAUAUCAUUUUUGAUUAGUUUUACUUUUAGUUGAAUUAAAUUAUAAAUAAUAUUUUGUAAAUAUUUCAACACGUGUGGCAAGCAAUAAUCUCCAUUUAUGAAGUGCAGUAUCAUUAACAACAUACAG